GAAGAGUGUUAACCAUACACCUCACACAGGAGAUAAUUCCUCUUACACACUUGGAGAGCACGAAACAAAUCAUCUGAAGAAUAAUCUAGAAUAAGACAGGUGUUCCUUCCUAAAUGGUUGAGCUGUAAUUUUGAAAAACAAUUUAAUUUAUUUUCCUCUCUAUAUAUGAUAUUGUACAGUGAACCUUGAAAUCAAUGAAAACAAUUGUGAAUCAAUUCCUCUUUACUUUCUAUGUUUCACUUUCUCUCUCAUAUCUCAAUAUGGUAAUCAGAGCCAGUAUAGGACAAACGUCCAGCUAAUAUUUUUUUUUUCCUUUCUUCUGCCCUUUUUUCCAUGGCUGCCAACACCACCACCGGAGCAAAUCCGAUCCUACCUCUUCCUUCCUCCACCCCUGCACCACCAUCUCUUCCGUCUUCUUCAUCUCUUGUCUCUAUAAAAUUAUCUGAUGACAACUAUCUCUUAUGGCGAGCACAACUCCUGCCUUAUCUUAAAGGUCAUAAUCUUUUUCGCUUUGUUGAUGGAACUAUUCAUCCACCCCCAAUCUUAGAUCCCGAUUCUAACCCUAACCCCGAUUACUCCAUUUGGUUGCAACAAGAUCAAUCUGUGAUGAGUAUUCUAAUCUCUUCACUUUCUGAAUCCGUCAUUGCUCAUAUUCUUGAUGCCACUACCUCUAGAGAGGUUUGGACUAUUCUUGAAACUCUGUUUGCAGCAUCAUCUCAGGCCAAUAUUAUGCAAACAUUGUUUCAACUUUCUACCCUCAAAAAGGGGUCUGACUCUAUUUCUGUUUACUAUCGCCGAGCGAAACUCUUAAUGGACUCCUUAGCCAUGGCCGGUAAAGUCAUAUCCCCAUCUGAGUUUGUUGUUUUUCUUUUGGCUGGUUUGGGUCAGGACUAUGAUUCAAUCGUCACCUCCAUCACCACCCGAGCUGAUUCUCUGUCUCCCGCCCAAGUAUAUGCCCAUCUGCUCAAUCAUGAAUCCCGCAUAUCUCACCAAAUCAGAAAUCUCACCGCCAAUACGGAGUUCUCGGCCAAUAACUCCAUUCGGCAGUCCCCUCAAUUUCAGCGGGGUCGAGGUUUUCACAGGGGUCGUCAUACCCCUCGUGGUCGUGGCGGUCGGAAUCGUGGUGGACGAUCUAAUUUCAUUACGCCCGCUCAGUUUACCUCCGAUCGUCCUACUUGUCAGGUCUGUCUCAAACCCGGCCACUCGGCGGCUACUUGUUAUCACCGAUAUGAUUUUAAUUAUCAGCCACCACCGCCGCCGGCACUCUCUGCUCACUACACUGCAGCCGCAGCCGAUCCUUCUUGGUUUCCGGACACAGCCGCCAGCCAUCAUUUCACAAAUGAUUUUAGUAAUCUCUCCAUUAAUCCGUCGGAAUACAAGGGCAGUGACCAAGUUCGCAUCGGUGAUGGUUCUGGCCUUCCUAUCCACCAUGUUGGCAGCUCCAACAUCUCUUCCUCCACUGGAUUCUCAAACCCGACACACCCUGCUCCAAGGCUCUACUAAAGAUGGCAUGUACGUGUUCCCCCCUCCUUCUCCUCAAGCUCAUCUCAGUGUUUGUGCCUCUCCAUCUUUGUGGCAUUCCAGACUUGGCCAUCCAUCUUUACAGUUAGUACAAAAGAUUAUCUCCAACCACUCUCUUCCAUCCACAAGUUCAAACACUUCAUCACAAUUGUGUUCUGCCUGUUGUCAAGCUAAAGCUCAUCAACUCCCGUAUUCCACAUCUCCACAUCACUCCACUAUCCCUCUUCAAUUAGUUUUUGCAGAUGUUUGGGGGCCUUCACCACAUAUAUCUCGUGGGGGUUAUAAAUAUUAUCUUUCAUUUGUUGAUGAUUUUAGCCGUUUUAGUUGGAUCUUUCCUUUAAAAUGUAAAUCGGAGGUAGUUAAUACCUUUCUCUCUUUCAAAAAGAAUGUCGAAAAAAUUUUGGGAUUUACCA